CUUUGCUGUUAUGUUAAAGCCAGUCGUAGUCGGCGAUCGUCAACUAUAGGAACAUUUAUUUGGCUAAAAUUUCUUUCGUAUUUUUUUAUUAUUUUUGUGAUUAAUUUGUGAAAUGGGGGCUGAUCUAGAGACAAAGAUUGAAGCGAAAGACUCAGAAGAAACACUGCGCGAAGAACUUCAUAAAAUAGCGAAAGAACGAGGUUAUAAGAAUUACAAAUUAGACAUAAAGACGUCUUCAUCUGUAGGAGCAAACUUUGGGAGUAUAGUUUACACCGCUACAAUAUCAGAACAUGGCAAAGAUGAUAUUAAUAUUUUCGCAAAAAUCGCGUUUUUAAGUGAGAAAGCAAGAUCAGACGCACCGUUUCAGGCGUUCGAUGUAGAAAUACUAUUUUACACAGAUAUCAUAAAAAUAUACAAACAAAUAGAGGAAAAACAUAAGGUGCCUAUUGAACACAGGCUUGUAGUACCAGAAUUGUAUGGCGUCAGCUCUAAAUACUUAAAGGAAACUAUUGUUAUGGAAAAUCUGAUGAGCAAAGGCUACCAGAUGUUCGAUAGAUUCAAGACUAUAGACUGGAACUACACUAAAGAGUCUCUAACACAACUGGCGAAACUUCACUCCUUGUCUAUAGCGUUUUAUAUUGAUCAUCCGAAAUCGUUUUCGGAAAAAACAGAGAAGCUCAGAAUGAAAAUUGAUAGGACGCAUAUGGAGGAAAGUGUGAGGAUGAUGAUGAUGCAAAUACUAGAAUCUGCGAAAGAUGAACAUAAAGAACGCUUGAAACAGUUCAUAGAAAAUUUAAUGGCAUCUGACGAUUAUAUGAUGAAACCAAUAAAACGAAUGGUUUUAAGUCAUGGUGAUUAUCGGCCAAACAACUUACUCCAUAAAUUGAACGAGGACGGUACAUAUGACAUAAUACCAAUUGACUAUCAGACUAUGACCCACAGUAACCCCAUAGUGGAUCUCUUAUAUUUCCUAUUUAACGGAUCGGACAAAGAAUUCCGGGCGAAAUACCUCAGAAAGGCUUUCGACUAUUACUACAAUGAACUUUGCGCAUGUCUAACAAGGUUGGACUUGAAUCCUAAACAAAUAUAUCCUAAGGAAGACUUCGAAUUUGAAUUGAAAGAGGUUCUACCCCUCGGAUUAUCUAUGAGUCUGGUACUUUUGAUGGUAAUAACCGUAGAAAUGGAUCAUAUUCCGAAAAUUCAUGAAGAUAUGGAGUUGAAAGAUUUGUUUUGCACGCCCAGUGAAGCUUAUAAGAUAAGGAUGAACGAUCUUCUGGAAGACUGUAUUGAUAUGGGAGUUCUCUAAAUUACAAUAUAAUUUAAGAUUAGCAAUAGAGUCAAAUGAGACAAAUAAUGACUUUGUUCUAAAUAAGAAGCAUUCAAGAUUCAUCAUCAUCAUCAUAUUUACUAUAAGGGAGGGA